GUUGCCUUCCAUCAAAUUGCUGCUCGGCUGAAAGAAUUGGAAACUAAUUUGGUUAACCUUUCACAAAUGAAGGAGCGAUGGAUGAAGACAACAGAGGGAGCAAUGGGUAGUAGUUCACGUAAUGCUAGUGAAAUGCAGCAGACUCUUCUCAUUUUAUGGAUGAAGAUGACCUUGUGGGGAUUGACCAAAACAAAAAAAAUAUAUCUGAAUGGCUAUCUGACGAGGAUCUGGCUUGGUCUAUAAUAUCCGUGUGGGGCAUGGGGGGAUUGGGCAAAACAACCCUUGUCACCAAUGUAUAUAAAAGUGAGAGAAAAAAGUUUGAAUGUCAUGCAUGGAUAUCCAUCUCACAAACUUACGAGGUGGAUGAACUUUUAAGAAGAAUGAUAAAGGAGCUGAAUGUGGAGAAAGUUCCGAUUGACCUCAAAGGAAUGGACCAUAGAAGGUUAGUUGAAAGAGUGAGGCUUUUUCUAGAGAAAAAAAGAUUUUUGAUCAUAUUGGAUGAUGUAUGGGAUCUGAAAGCUUUCAAUGCUAUUCGUGAUGCCAUUAAUGUUUAUGACAACAAUGGAAGCAGAAUAAUCAUUACAACCCGGAUUGCUGAGGUAGCUUCACUAGCACAUGAUGCUUGGAAUCUUGAGCUCAAGCUUUUGGAAAGCACUAAGGCAUGGGAUCUAUUUUGUAGGAGGGCAUUCCGGAAAGAUGAAGUGAGAAAAUGUCCUCAAGAACUAGAGGAGUUGGGGAAAAAAAUUGUAUCAAAAUGUCAAGGGUUACCACUAGCUAUUGUCUCUUUAGGCAGUCUUUUGUCCCUGAAGAAAACCAAGUCAGAAUGGGAGAAAGUUUAUGAUCAGCUGAGCUGGGAGUUGAAUAACAACCCAAAUUUGGACCAUGUGAAGCAUGUUCUGAAUCUCAGCUAUAACUAUUUGCCGAGAUAUCUUAAGAACUGCUUCUUGCAUUGCAGCAUGUUCCCGGAGGAUCAUGUGCUUCAGAGAAAGAGGCUUAUGAGGCUAUGGGUCGCAGAGGGAUUUGUGGAGGAAAGGGGAUCAAGAACAAUGGAGGAAGUGGCAGAGGACUAUCUCAAGGAGCUCAUCCAUCGAUGCAUGCUUCAAGUUGUAAAAAGGAAUCAAUUUGGUAGAAUAAAACACUGUCGGAUGCACGAUCUUGUACGAGAGUUGGCUGUAUCAUUGUCUAAGAAGGAAAAUUUUAGUGCUGUCCUUGAUGAUCUUCAGAUGGUGGGGAAGACGGGUGAUGAAACACGCCGCCUGUCAGUGCACGGAUACAGUAACGAAAUCCAAUCGAGUAUGGAGUUGCCAAGACUUCGCACUUUCGUGGUGUUUGACCCUUCAAUGUCCUCAUCAUCAUCAUCCUUCUCUUCGCUGUGUUCCAGCUCUAGAUAUUUGACCGUCUUAGAUCUGCAAGGCAUCUCGAUUGAGAGAGUACCAGAUGAAAUCGGGGACUUAUUCAAUCUCCACUUUUUGGGUCUGAGGGACACAAAGGUGAAGGUGCUACCAAAAUCCUUGGGAAGGCUUCGUAACCUGCAGACGCUCGACCUCAUGAAAAGUGAAAUAGAAAAACUGCCAAGCGACAAGAAAUCUCAAGAAGUUGCGUCACUUGUUUGCCGAGAAGAUUCUCGAUCCAAAUAAUCCUAUAAAUAAUCGUAGAGGUGUGCAAGCUCCGAAAGGACUCUGGAAUUUGAAAGACCUGCAAACUCUCCAAGCAGUGGAAGCAAACAAGGAAUUUGUGAAACGGCUAGGGAACUUGACGCAACUGAGGAGCAUUCGGAUAUGGAAAGUGAGCGGCAUCCAUUGCAAAGACCUUUGUGCUUCGUUAUAUAUCAAGGUU